CUCCUUGUGCUUGGUGGUUCUCUCGUCUCGGAAGCGAUUUUCUGCUGGUUUCCUUUUUCAAAACUGUCUUCGCAGUUACCUUACUUGUUAACUGCAUCAAGGACAGUCAGGCUUCAGCCGCUCAGAGUUCCUGUCAGAUCAGAUGUUGAACCCCGGGGGCAGAAGUCACCCCCGUGUUGGCACACUCCGGUCUACCUCAGCGAUUUCUACUUUCAGCGGGUGCACGGUUGGGGUCAAGUUCUUACUUAGCACCACAGUGUUGUUUUUAUCGGAGACUGUUACUCAGCAGACUAAAGAAGAACGAGAUUAACCUUACCAUAUGCUUCUUGAUCGUCCUAGAGUUCCUUGACCGGGACGUAGAGAACACAAGCAUUAUAAAAAGUAUGGAUUAAAGUUAACAGGCUAAAAAAAUAACAAGUAUCUGGCAUGUUGCGUCGGCUGAUUGGCUAGAGAUUUACUCCACCCGUCCUUGGAAGAGGAAAAGAAAAAACAUAAGAAGAAACGUCUAGUUCAAAGCCCAAAUUCCUAUUUUAUGGAUGUAAAAUGCCCAGGUUGCUACAAGAUUACCACGGUUUUCAGCCAUGCUCAGACGGUGGUUCUUUGUGUAGGCUGUUCAACAGUGUUGUGCCAGCCAACGGGAGGAAAGGCCAGACUCACAGAAGGGUGUUCAUUUAGAAGAAAGCAACACUAAUGAUCACACAACCUCUUGAAUUUGUGUUCUAUCGCAGAAAGCCUUAUCAGUUCAAUAAUUCCGGUUAAUCUACCAAGAUAAUGUAAUUAUGUUUAAUUUUGUAAGGUAUACAACAGUCAUCUCCUAUUUUGGUGUCAGUUUUUCAAUAAAGUUUUGAUUAUGGGCAAA